UUCAUGGGUUGCAUUUUCAUGUGGCUAGGUUUGCUUAGAUUUGGAUAAGUUUCCAACUUUUUCCUUUUUUAAUAACCAAGGACCUCAACCGUAAUUCCAACUUUUCCAACUUCCCUUUCAUUUUAACUACAGGGAUAGUUUGGUCUUUUCACAUUGACAAGGCAAUUUUGCUUAAUAUUGAUAAAAUGCCAACUGAACGUAUUUCUUCGCGUUUGCUUUCUGGCUUUGUUACUUGUUAAUUUUAUGACCUGUUAAUUUGUCUUAUGAUUUCAUUGCGCCUUCAAUUUUGCUUCCGUGUCUAAUUUUUUAUCGUUUUCAUGCCUAAAUUCUAUGCAGUAUCACCUACUGUCAGCCUAAACCCUUUUAGACUCUUUGUUGUAUUCUAACUGUUUGAAGAAUUGCCUCUUACGAGCUGUUGCAAUUAUUUUAUUAGUUUUAAACCCAGUUUUUAAUAUUGCAUAAACUAUGUUUCUAGUUCUGGUAGUUUAACAUGUUGAGUAUGCAUUUUUCGUGUACAUAAAGUAAUGGAGUAUUCGACUAUGUGGCUUUUUUUGUGUCUUGCAGUUGAUUCCUUUCAUCAUUUUGCUUCCCCAAAUUACUUUAAAAUGCUUUUUAAAUAGAAAAUAUUAAUAUAUUAUAUCUCCUUCUGUCUAAGAACCUGGGUGUUAAUUAUUCUUGUAAUGCAAUCAUAAGAAAACAUUUUUCUUGGUUUUGAUUUAUGAAAUUCUGAUACCAUGAUUAGAAACUCGAAAACCCAACUGCGGUUCGCCUUCAGUUACAGUCAGACUAAUGUUUUGCCCUAUUUUAGGACUGAACAAUAUAGCAAUGAUUACAUAAGUUCCCUGUGCAAGCAAAAGCUUUACGAUGAAGCUCUUGGGGUAUUUGACUUCUUGCAUAAGAAUACUAGUUUCCCGAUAAGACCUAGUACAUAUGCCCAAUUGAUAUCUGCCUGUUCCUCUCUGAGGUCUCUAGAACAGGGAAGGAAAAUCCAUCUUCAUAUAUUGGCCUCCAAAUGUCAGCCGGACGUUAUUCUUAACAAUCAUAUUCUCAAUAUGUACGGAAAAUGUGGGUCACUGAAGGAUGCUAGAAGGGUUUUUGACGACAUGCACCAGCGGAAUGUAGUCUCCUGGACUUCUGUAAUUGCUGGAUACUCACAGAAUGGCCAAGAAAAUGAUGCCAUCGAAUUGUACUUUCAGAUGUUACAAUCUGGUGUUAUGCCAGAUCAGUUCACCUUUGGAAGCAUAAUAAAAGCUUGCUCAGGUCUUAAUGAUGUUGGUUUAGGAAGGCAACUUCAUGCUCAGGUCAUAAAAUCAGAACACGGUUCUCACCUUAUUGCACAGAAUGCUCUUAUUGCAAUGUACACAAAGUUUGACCAACUUGCUGAUGCAUGGGAUGUGUUUUCUCAUAUCACAACAAAGGAUUUAAUUUCAUGGGCUUCAAUGAUUGCAGGGUUUUCCCAACUUGGUUACGAGUUUGAAGCUUUAUGCCAUUUUAGAGAAAUGCUUCGUUGUGGUGGCUAUCAGCUGAAUGAAUUUAUAUUUGGCAGUGUUUUCAGUGCUUGCAGCAGCCUUCUACAUCCAGAAUGUGGUAGGCAGAUACAUGGGGUUUGCAUAAAAUUUGGUUUAGGGAGAGACAUUUUUGCUGGAUGCUCCCUUUGUGACAUGUAUGCUCGAUGUGGUUUCUUAGAUUUUGCAAGAGUGAUAUUUGAUCACAUAGAAAGGCCUGAUUUAGCCUCAUGGAAUGCAAUGAUUGCUGGGGUUGCUAAUGGUGGUGAUGUCAAUGAAGCCAUGUCAUUUUUUUCACAGAUGAGGCAUCUAGAGUUGAUCCCAGACAAACUCACCAUUCGCUCCCUACUUUGUGCUUGCACUGGCCCUUUGGCACUCCAUCAAGGUAUGCAGGUUCACUCCUAUAUUGUUAAGAUAGGAUUUGAUUCUAGUGUUCCUGUGUGCAAUGCUCUACUUACCAUGUAUGCAAAGUGUUGUGUUCUAUGCAAAGCAUUCCUGGUAUUUGAAGAAUUGGGAGAGAAUGCAGAUUCAGUUUCCUGGAACUCAAUUCUUACUGCAUGUAUGCAGCACAGCCAGGCUGGAGAUGUCUUUAGAUUAUUCAACCUACUGCUUGUUUCUCAAAAUAAGCCUGAUCAUAUUACUUUAAGUAAUGUAGUGGGAGCUUGUGCAGAGGUAGCAUCUCUAGAAAUGGGAAAUCAAGCUUAUUGCUAUAUCAUGAAAACAGGGCUCAUACUUGAUGUUUCUGUUAUGAAUGGAUUGAUUGACAUGUAUAUAAAGUGUGGCUCUCUUGGAAGUGCGCAGGAGCUUUUUGAUUCUAUGGAGGAUCCAAAUAUUAUCUCCUGGAGUAGUUUAAUUGUUGGGUAUGCUCAGUUUGGAUACGGAGAGGAAGCCCUUAAACUCUUUAAAAGGAUGAGAAGUCUAGGAGUCAGGCCAAAUGAAGUGACAUUUGUUGGGGUCCUGACCGCCUGCAGUCAUGUUGGACUGGUAGAAGAAGGGUGGCAGUUGUACAGAACCAUGGAAACAGAAUAUGGGAUCGAACCAACAAGGGAGCACUGUUCUUGUGUUGUUGACUUACUCGCUCGUGCUGGACGCUUACAUGAAGCUGAAGAUUUCAUUAAUCAGAUGCCUUUUGACCCUGAUAUCAUAGUGUGGAAGUCCCUGCUAGCUGCCUGUAAAACCCAUGGGAAUGCUGAUGUUGGGAGAAGAGCCGCUGAGAAGAUUUUGAUUAUGGAUCCUACCAAUUCUGCCGCUCAUGUAUUGCUUUGCAACAUUUAUGCUUCUUCUGGAAGAUGGGGAGAUGUUGCUAGAAUGAGGGGCUCAAUGAAAGAACGGGGUGUGAGGAAAGUUCCAGGGCAGAGCUGGAUUGAAGUUAAGAAUAGAAUCAAUGUUUUCUUUGCAGAAGAUAGCAUGCAUCCAGAAAGGGACAAGAUAUACUCAAUCCUGGAGGAGUUAUGGUUGCAGAUGCUGGAUGAUGAUUUUGCUCCAUUCCAGAUAGGCUUCAAAUAAAAGAAGACAUAGUUAAUAACAAAGAUGAGUUAUAGUCUCACUGUUCAGAAUGCUAGAAUGUGGUCAAAGUCAUUUGGGAGGUUCUAGAUUAAACAAUUCUCCCAGGAGGUCCUGUUGGGAGGACCAUGGCAUUGAGGUUCAUUUUGAUUCAAUAACAUUACAGAACAGCCAAUGAACGUAUGAAGAUCACUAUGGAAACAUAUGAAGGUUCAUAAUCAUAACCCCGAGCUCUACAGUUCAGCAAUUGCUGUUGCAGCUUAUUACAACUUCGCUACUUGCUGCCGCUACCAGGGUAAUCUUCAUUCUGUUCAUGCUUGUUUAUUUGCUUUGCGGCAUUUUUAUCUUCAUUGCCUAAAUGGCUUUGCCAGAUAUGUUCAAGUUCCUUCUGGCAGAUAUGAUCCUGUGCUGAAUCAGAGUGGAACUGCAUCUCCCUGUUUGCAGGAACUAUUAAUCAAAAGAAAACAUACGAUUACAAUAAUUUCAAUUAGCUGAUUCUGUGAAAA